CGGUAACCCGAGCGGGGAAAUAAACAAAAUGACGGUGGCAACAGAGAGCCUCUCUGAUGGCAGUUACAAGUUGAAAAUCUUCAAUCUCUCAAGCAACCUUCUCACACAUACGCUGAUUGGUUCGACCGUCGGAGUGACAGUACUGUUUGCGUUCAGAAAUGGUUUACCACUUAGUCAGAUCAAUUUACACAUCGUUUUGUGCGUCAUCGGGUACCAACUGUUGAUGGCGCAAGGCUUCCUCGCUCUGGCUCCGGAAAAUUCCUGGUCGACCGUCCUUAGGCUGGUAGACAGGAGACGCGCACAUUGGGUCCUCCAGGUCAUGGGAUCGGGGCUAGCCAUUGCGGGCAGCGCCAUUGGCAUUCAAACUAAAUCGGUGCAUUGGAAUUCUUUACACGGUCAAUUCGCACUCGUGGCAUUGGUGUUCACAUGCGCUUCCUUGGUGAACGGCCUGUCGUCUCUAUAUGCGUUCGAGCUGAGCAAACGCAUCCGUUUACCACCGAAUUUGUCCAAGGUGCCGCACAUUUUGUUCGGGGUCGUCGCCUUCGUCGCGGCCUCCAUCUCCCUCUGUUACGGUUACGACAAAAACUCCUUUAAGAACUGGAUCCAUCCCAAAUUAGCAGUCACCGCAAUUGUCUUCACUGCCAUCUUCACCUUUACCAUUAUAAUUAACCCUAUGAUUGUGUUCUUUAAGAAACUUAAGGAUUCGUUUAGUAAGUGAUCUUACUUCUGAUUUAGAAUAAUCAAUAUAAAAUUUAGUGUUUGGAUCUUUGUUAAUAAAUCAUGUAUAAACGGUUGAACAGAUUCGAAUGAAAGGUACACCAAAUACAUCAUCGCAGGUACAUUAGGCAUUACUCGAUACUUUAAAGGUAAUUGACAUGGACAAAGUGUUAGUUGACUUACUUGUACUCGUAAAUGUUAAUCACUAAGUACUUGAAGACAAUUGCAAUGUUUCUAUUAUAUAAAAUAACUAUAGGCAACUACAACAUACUUAGAACUAAUGAGAAAAAAUGUUCCUUAUUUUCAUAAACAUAGAAAUGAGAAUCUCUCUACAGCCUGUGAAUAAUAUUCUAAGUUUGCAUAAAAAAAGGAUCAUCUGUCAUGUGACUAUUAGACUGACAUGAAAUUAAAUAUGUCUCCAUGCACUUUGCCUGUCAAAUUUCGCCUAAAGAAAACAAGAAGAAGCCUGCUUAAACUCUGGACAGAACUCGAUUCAGAGUUAUUUGAAAUUUAUAUUGAUAAUAGUUUAAAACAUUAACAUAAGCAGUAUUAUAGAUGAUAACGUUUUCGCUCUCAAGAAUAUCAUCUGUGUGGAGAGAAAUUUGGUAAAUAGCUACUGUACUAUCAUAGUAACUUAGCACUGGAACGCUUCAUACUGUGUCAUCUGUCGCUAUUUAUCUUUGUAGAUCAUUCAUACUUAUUUUGUUGAGUUAUAACAGUACAGUAUCUAUUGAAAUUUGUCUAAUGUUAAGGCAAGUACUAUAAGCACAGAUAAUGAUAAAAUACUCAUCUAGAUAUUGUUUAAUUAAAUAAUAAAGACAAUUUUCCACUACAUCAAUUAUUUAUUAUUAUUAUUUUCUUAGUGUUACAUCCAUUUAAAUUGUAUCUAGAAAUAUGUGAAUUGUUUUAAUUGUACUGAAAUUAGAGAAAGAUUAUCAAAAUGCAUUUUUACCAAUUAAAAUGAAAAUUGUGUAAAUAGUAUUUAUUUAUAAGAAAAUAAAAUUAUUUUCAAAUGCAAA